CUCUGUAUCUGUUUAUGUGAUACAUUUUCUUGCAUGCAUUUCUUAUACACUUGCAUACUAUUUUUUUUAGCCUAGAGUGUGUUUUGUGAUGCUUUGGGUUGUGUUCUAGAAUAAAAUGUCAGUUCUUGAUAUGGGCUCUUCAUUCUUGGAUGAUCUUGAAAUGAAAGAGGGAAUGAUGGUUCAAAAGAAAGAUGAGAUUAGGGGGAGUAGAAACAAUGAGACGAUCGAAAAUGUGAGAACCAGCGGGUUUGAUUUCGAAACUGAGUUUGAGUUUUGGCCAAUUCAACACCCAUCCGAACCAUCUCAUGAAGAUAGACCUGUCGAAUGUCCUAUGCCUCAUUCGUCCCACCUCAUCAAUGAUGAAAGAACACAGGAUGAUCAAUUUUCAGAACGCAAGAGACCAGAAGCAUCAACCGUUCUCCACAAAGAAAAUGAUGCACGGGAAGCUACAGAACCACGUCCCAUUAGAACAGUCCGGAAGAGGCAUCAUGACCAUACAAAUACCAUCACCCCAUUGAUGCAGCCGCCGCCUACUUUUUCUCAGUUGCCCCAAAACAUGGAUACAAUGGUUUUCAGUAAGAUUCAACAAGUUCACAAGUUCAAAUCUUGACAGUUGCCAAUUUUAGCUCCAACCGUCUCUUGCAUAAUUAUGAUCAUUAUGGUGUUAUGACACUUAACCUAGAGUAAUUGUGAUCUUAUUAGUGAACUUAAAUUUGGUUUAGAUGCUUAAUUAAGUACUUUGGUGAAACUUCUAUAUCUAUAUAUAUAUAUGUAUAAUGCAAUAUGAGCUUUUUGUU